AUGAAUAAAUACGCGAGGAAGAUUUUUGGUAAAGGAAAGAAAGGCCGCAAAAGUAAAGAUGGUCCCAGUGCUGAAGGAGGCGAUGGCUACGACGAUUCUGGAUUUGUCAUUGCCGGUCUUCCCAAAGAAGGCAGCCAUGACGAAGAAGACGGUGAGCCUAUGGAGACGUCCUCCGAGAGUACCGUUCAGGGCUUGAAUAGCAUAUUUAAAUGGUUGUCUCUGAAAGAUACCGACGAAUGUCGUAAGCAAAACCAGAAAACGGCAAGUAAAAAAGCCCUGCCCAAGUACAACAUUUUGCUUCUCGGUGGAAGUGGCGCUGGCAAGUCAACUACCAUCAAUUCCUUUGCUAACUACGAGAAAUAUCCCACCAUCAAAGAUGCAGUGAAAAAUAAAUUUGUAGAGUUGAUUUCCUCCUCUUUCAAGCUUGCCCACCCUGAAACUGAUGAGGAGUUUUGCAUUGAAUCAGGCCACGAUGCCAACGAAUCCGACAUACUUGGCCAGUCACGAACAAAAGAUCCAAUGGCUUAUCGAUUCACUUUUGCCGACAAAAUCAUUCGUCUGAUUGACACGCCAGGAAUGGGUGACGCCAGAGGCUUGAAGGCAGACAAGGAGAACUUUGAGAAGAUUCUCGAGUAUUUGAAAAACUACGAAACACUGCACGGCAUUAUCAUCAUGAUGAAGUCCAAUGAGACGCUCAAUUCGACCGCUUUCAACUACUGCAUCACCGAGCUGUUCAGUCGACUGCACCGAAGUGCCAGUGAGAAUAUCUUUUUCUGCUUUACCUUCAGUCGCAACACCUUUUACCGAGCUGGAGAUGGUUUUUACUUGCUGAAUCAAGUGCUUAAUGAGGAGUUUCCCGAUGCCAAGCUGGAAUUGAAGUCCAAAGUCAACUGUUUUUUCAUCGACAAUGAAGCGUACCGCUAUUUGGUUGCCAAAAAAGCUGGCUAUCCUUUUGAGACCGAUCAAAUGGCGGAGUUCGCUGUAGCCUGGAACAAGUCAGCUGAUCAAACCAGGCAAAUGUUUUCGCGCAUUAUCGAAAAGUCACCGCACAAUUUGCUGCAUACCUUUAAGUUAAACAUGGCGCAGAACUUUAUUGCCGAACUGGCUGAGCCCAUUGUGCGCCUGCAGAAGAACAUCUUUUCUAAUAUGAACACUAUUGAACGGCAGAAACAAAGCAUCGAGAGGGACAGUUCAACUAUCGACGAGUUAAAGAAGACGAUGCACAUGACGAUUUUUGAUAUGAAAAUGGUGGUUCUGGAAGCGCCCAAUACUGUUUGCGCCUCAAACAAGUGCAGAGAAAUAGUUCUGGUCAACGGAGUGAGGAAAGUAGAUUUGAAAAAGUGCUGCAUUGCUUGUCCAGUAGAAGACAUUCCAACUCGCAAAAAAGGGGAGUUGUUAUUGAAGUAUUGCGAAAUCUUUAACAAGAACGGUAACAUCUCUAACAAUUGCCGUGAAUGUGGUUGCAGCUGGAAAGUGCACCUGCAUGUUAAACAUGAAUAUCAGCCAGUUCAGAAGAAAGUUAUUGACCCUGUGGUAGAAAAAGAACUCAAAAGUUUGUUGGAUUCUAAAAAGAGCAGUGACUGCAUUUCGAGAAAGAUCAUUGAGGCGCUUGAGAACACCGUCCGUGAGCUCAAUGAGGAGAUGGAACACAUUCAGAGAGCAGCUGCAUGCUUUGGCUAUCUGUUGAACAAACAUUCUAAUUCGUCAUGUAAUCAGUUUAUCGAGCCACACUUGGAUAUGCUAAUUGAGGAAGAGAAGAUGAAAAUUAAGUUUAUCAAGGGCUACUCCGAUGAAACUUUAAUGAUGCUGGUCAGUCUAAAAGACAAGCACGGAGAACAUGUGAAAAAAAUCGAAAAAGUAAUCGCCGAUGGAUAUUCGAUGGAGCUAGAGGACAUUGACAAGCUUGCUCAUGAGCUAUGCCAGCUGAAGCACUCUGGACAGCAGUUCCAAACGCUGGUCAAUCAAUUCCUAAAGGACAAUGAAAAGAAAGUGGCUCACGUAGAAAGAGUUGGUCUCGACAUGUCUGGAAAUCAGUAG